UGUGUGUUUGCACCUACAAACAACAUGACCAUAGGGCGGUCCAGUAGUCCUCUUGACUAAUGUGUGUUUGCACCUACAAACAACAUGGCCAUAGGAAAGUAAGAUGCUAGUUUAGAAGUCAGUAUGAGAAGCAACACUCCUGGCACAUAGAUGAUCUUUGACUUGAAGAUCCUCUGUUGUUCUGCUUUAGAAUCCUUGUGACGACUAUGUUGUUCUGCUUUAGAAUCCUUGUGACGACAAGCGACAUAAAGACAUCUGGUCUAAGGAGAAGACCUGCGACAGGCUGCCCAAGUUCUUGGUGGUUGGACCACAGAAAACAGGGACCACCGCACUUUAUCUCUUCCUCCUCAUGCAUCCCUCCGUCUCCAGCAACUUCCCCCGUCCCAAGACUUAUGAGGAGGUGCACUUCUUCAACACCGACAACUACCACAAAGGCAUCGACUGGUACAUGGACUUCUUCCCUGUGCCCUCCAACGUCAGCACCGACUUCCUCUUUGAGAAAAGUGCAAACUACUUCCCCUCCGAGGAGUCCCCGCGGCGCUCUGCUGCUCUGCUGCCCAAAGCCAAGAUCAUCACCUUGCUCAUCAACCCUUCUGAUCGAGCCUACAGCUGGUACCAGCAUCAGCGAGCACACGAGGACCAGGCAGCCCUGGGCUUCACCUUCUACGAUGUCAUCAGCGCCAAAGCCGGCGUCCCGGCCGAGCUGCGUUCCCUGCAGAACCGCUGUUUGAUCCCCGGCCUGUACGCCACGCACCUGGACAGGUGGCUGGCACACUACCCCGCCAACCAGGUGAUGAUCAUAGACGGCCAUCAGCUGAGAGCCGACCCUGCCGCUGUCAUGGAUGAAGUCCAGAAGUUUCUGGGAGUAACGCCUCAUUUCAACUAUUCGCAGGCACUCACGUUUGACCCUCAGAAGGGCUUCUGGUGCCAGCUCCUGGAGGGAGGCAAGACUAAGUGUUUGGGGAAGAGCAAAGGGCGGAAGUACCCCCCCAUGGAGCCAGAGGCCCGUGCAUUCCUGUCCAGGUUCUACAGGGAACACAACGUAGAACUAUCCAAGCUGCUGCAUCGCCUCGGACAGCCUCUGCCCUCCUGGCUGAGGGAGGAACUGCAGAAGAUAACCUUCGCAUCCAUGAGCCGGGGUUAAAGGCCAAAGGUCGAACAGGUCAAGUUAACCGGGAAGGUCAGACGCACUCUCCGGUGGUGGACUCCCAACCCCCAAACCCCCCAACCCCCAGAACCCCCAACCCACCUCCCACCAGCCACCCCACCCCCGAGCGGGACGGGCGAGGACGCAACGCCUGAUUUUCACGGCUGAGGGCAGAGAAGCGACGGAGGAGACAUACGCAGCU